AUGGAUCUUGCUACGAUUCCAUUUACUAUACUAAGCGAUCUGAAAACAGUAUGGGAUUUCUGUAAGAUCGCACGAGAGCUCACUGAUGUCCCAGAAACCUCCAAGGUGUUCGUGAGGAUACUUGAGCAGGUCAGCCGCGAUAACGAAUAUGCCCGCGAUUUUUUCAACAAAAUCCAACCACACAGAAAGGAUGAUCGCACCCAGUUCCAAUGGAUCGUGGAAGUAAUCACUACAAAUAGCCAUAAAAUCAGUAACGUCAUGAACUUCAUAAGCCGACUGGACCUAUCAAAUUUGCCAAACCUCAAACACCGGAUCGAUUUUGUCUUGAAAAAAGAGAAAACUCUCAACGACCAGGAGAAAGUAUUGCGCUUUUCGCACAAUCGUUUAUUAGCCGUCGUCGGCACAAUGCACUUAUUGGCUUUUCAGCUUGGCUCUUCAAGCAAGUCGUCUCUGUCCUCGCCUGCAGCAAAGCCUUUGCGAAGCAGAGCAUCUCCAGCACCACCACAGCGCCACCCGCGUACAAAAGAUACCGAUUGCAUUCUAGGUCGACUAGGUGUUGUCGAUGAAAAGGUGGUUGAACAUGUUACUAUCACCACCAUUGAGGGGCCCGGGUUUUGA